CAGUUUCACCCCUGAACCUUCGGUGCACCUGCUGGAGCACCGACUAUCCAUGGCACCGGCAGGCACUGGGUGUGCCACUGCCCUACCCGUGCCUCCUGGAUGUGUCCCCACCCACGUGGGUGCACAGCAGGGCCAGGGCUGAACAGCAGAAGGGUGGGAAGACCACAGGCAGCCGUCCUGGGUCCUGCAGAGUCCCAUCCUGCGGGAUAGUGGGGUCAGAAGUAAGAAAGGCACGCAAGCAGGUCCCCUGGGUCCAGGACUGGCCAGACUGAGCAAACCUGCAACCCAGGCUGUGUGCCCAGGCCACUCCCACUCCCUACUGCGGGGUCAGCCCUAUCCAGCCACCUGUGGAGGAGGAGGGUGUGCAGGUAUGACCUGCUGGGCACUGGACUGCAGGGCACAAACAGCCACAGGCUGGCAGCCAGACAUGGCCAGGCCUAGACUGGCACUGCUCCUCUUGCUGUGGACCCUACAGCCUCUGCAACCCUCCUCCCUGCCCCGGGGAGAUGUCACAGGGGCCAAGGCUACUCAGGCAGGCCUGAUCCUGUCUGCACUGGAGAGAGCCACUGGCUUCCUGGAGAAGCGGCUGUCAGAGAUCAACCUGGAUGGCAUGGUGGGGUUCCGGGUGCUGACAGGGCAACUCAAAGGCAUUCAGGAGGACUGGGUCAGGGACCCCCUACUGUGGCCGCUGGGCCUGCGUGCAGGGAAGCUGGCUGAGAAGCUGGAGGCUCUGCUCCCUCGGUCUCUUCGCUACCUCCAGCUACGUGACCCAGACUACCUGAGAGAGUUCCAGCCGGCCGUCCAGCCUGGGUUUUGGAAGCUGCCCCACUCCUGGACCCACACCAACGCUUCCCUGGUGUUCAGCGCAUGGCAACCCCACGGCUUGUUCUCAGAGGAGAGCAGUGACUCCUGUCUGGUGCAGCUGCUGGGCACUGGGUCGGACAGUGGCGGCCAGCCCUGCGGGCUCUCGGACUUCUGCAAGAACCUCAUGACACAGCCAGGCUGCCCAGGCUACUGCCUGUCCCACCAGAUGCUCUUCUUCCUGUGGGCCAGGAUGGUCGGCUGCACAGAAGGGCUGUUUCACAACAGCCAGCACUACAUCACUGUCUUCUGCGCCAACAUGAUGGACGUGAACCAGAGGAUUGAGGCCAUCGGCUAUGCCUACCCCAACCAGGACCUCUUCCUGGAAAACAUCAUGUUCUGCGGGCUGGGCGGUUUCUCUGACUUCUACAAGCAUCGGUGGCUGGAGGCCAUUCUCAGCUGGCAGAAGCCACAGGAAGGGUGCUUUGGAAAGCCAGUCACUAGAGGUGAGGCUGUGCCCAGAGGAUCCCAGCCCCCACAGCACCUUCUACAAAGAGUGAAGAGGCGGGAAAAGGAAUUCACAGAUGGCUGCCUUGCCCACCAGACAACCACAGCAGUGGCUGCCCUGGGGGGCUUCCUCUACAUCCUAGCAGAAGACCCGGCAGAAGAUGGAGCACCACCACCCCGCGCAGCUCCUGAGCCUGCUGCCCAAAGCUGAGCAGACUCCAGGAGGCGCACCUUGGUGGGUCACUUCCUGAGCAGGAGGUGGCUGGGGAGGCCCAGACCACCUGGCCCUGGGAUGCUGGGGAGCACUGAGUAAGCAGAGCAGGGAGGGCUGGGACAGCCCGAGACGGAGAAGGUGAAUACACAC